AUGGCAAACGAUAGUUCUGCGCCAUACCAACUUGUUCCAACUAAUAGCUAUAACACUGAGCUUUUACAGGAUACGCAGAGUUCCUUCCAACCGCCGAACGAUGACGCACGUUUAGAUCGAAUCCAGUUUGGAAAUCAACAGCAUAUUCCACCAGCCGCACCUUCCCAACAAAAUCACACCACAGUUGAAAGUGAUCCAAUACCUUCGAAUACAGAGCCAAAUCCUCCCAAAACAAAGAAGAUUGCCCGUCGUACAAAAGUGACGGCCAGCCGAGCUGCCGCUCCGGCCAGGGUGGAAAAGCAGAUCGAUCGAGGUAAGAAGCCACGACGAUCUUUUGACUUAGAUGAGAGAGCUGCAACUGCUUGUACCCGGGAACUUGGGUCAUGUGCACGCUGCAAAAUGCAGAAAAGUAGAUGUGUUCGAAAUCCCCUCAAUCCGGACGGGCCUUGCAUGAGAUGUCUUUCGGAUUCUGCGAUCAUCAAUAUUCCAUGUUUGCGGAAGAAAAUUCCGGAUGCGAGGUUCACGCCUGCAAAAGACUGUCCUGAGCCGUACUGGACGACCCGGUGGGCAACGAUGGACGUUAAGGAAAUUGAUGUCUGGGCGUCGUCAGAAGUUAGAACUCUUGUUCUCACGCAAGAUAUCGGUUCUGCGAAAGAUGUUCUUACAGUUCGAAUGAUUGUCCCUCUUCCGGGAGACUCAUUGACCCGAACUUGGAUGUCAAAGUCGACCGGGGAACGAUUCCAUCAUCAAACAGCCCCAUGGGCGAUCAUGAAUAUGACUCGGACAGCACAUGAGCCCAGUGUCAAUAUAGAUAACUAUAUCGAGGAUUUCAUUAAUCAUUUCGUUAAUCCAAAUGAUAAACUCUUGGUCGAUACGUACCUGAUGGCAUUUCGCCUGUCCACUUCAAGCAAGGUUGAAGAAGAGAGGGUUCUCCUUCGUAAUGUUCUGCGUCUAUGGGUUGCAGCCCGCCGUGGUACCAAGCCUCAGAGGGUCAUCGGCGAAGAGAAGCUGGGCAUGCUUCCGCAGACACUUGACCGAAAUCGCUAUGACUAUGGAGAGGUUCCAGUUCCACCGGUCAUCAGUGCACAGCUUUCUCUUUUGAGAGAAGCGCUGAUUAUACGACCAUGGACCCAGGAAGUCAGAUCGCAGCUGGAGGCACUGGUCGCUAAGAAGAAACCUGAAUCGUGGUUGACAGUCUACCUGGUUAUGUUCAUUCUGCUGCAUAAUUGUUCUUUGCUUACAGCAUACUUUAUGAAGAAGGCUAAAAAUCUGCGGUUACAUGACAAGUACCAUGCGAUUGCGAUUCUAGAGGAGCUGCACUUCAGCGUCAGCAUCCUCCUCACAUACUACCACUACGUCAACAAAGGUGCCUUGUGCUUCGCGACUGGGCACGCAUCGUCUCGCGACAUCCAGAGGUUGAAGCUUGAUGACGACCAAUUGAGCUUCUUGAUUUUCUCAGCAAAGGAAGUCAAGAGAUUAGAACCAUCAAUGAAGAAAGCACGGGAGGAGAGUCUCUUUCAUCAUGAAUACUACUUCAUUUCUCAACUGUAUGAUUUGAAUUGGGUUUUGCCAGAACAUACUGUCGCAUCUGUUCAAUAA